UGAAUGCACCCAUGUCACGUGACAAAGUUAAACAUGGCGUCCUCCCGAAGACGGCUAGUUUGUUUACGCUCCGGGAUUUGGAGCUUGUUAUUAUACAGUGUUUACACUCAUUUGAAGCUUGUUCUGUCAGAGGAGGUGGACAGCUGCGACAACUUGAGACUCGGACAGUAUCUCUGCAACGACCCAAAGAUCAACAAAGACACGCAGGAGCCAGAGAACUGCACAGGCAUGACUGCCUGGGUGGAGUGCCUUCCAGCUCCAAACAUCAGCUGUCGGCUCUCCAACGGGACAGAGUUCAGGUUCAGCGGUGAGGAGGUGGGCUUCAACAAAACCAUCCCCUGCAGGAACGUGAGUGGUUAUUCCUACAAAGUAGCUGUGGCUUUGUCUCUGUUCCUCGGCUGGCUGGGGGCAGACCGCUUCUACCUGGGAUACCCUGCUCUAGGACUAUUGAAGUUCUGCACUGUUGGUUUCUGUGGAAUUGGUACUCUGAUCGACUUCAUACUGAUCGCCAUGCAGAUCGUGGGUCCCGCUGACGGGUCAAACUACAUUGUGGAUUAUUACGGCGCCCGGCUGACCCGCUUGUCCAUCACCAACCAGACGUACAGGAAGCCACACCUGUCUCUGUGAAGCUGUCCAUCAUAUAAAUACAGAGAGGACUGCUGGAUAUACUGACCCUGACAUUGAUAAAUGGACAGUUUAAGGACUAAAGUUAUUAAAAGCUGCUUCAACCCGAGCCUUCAGAAGAGCCGUUAGCUCCCAAACUGUAAACCUUCACGUUUUGUCUUUUAAGUCCCAUUUCUGUCUUCACAUCUGGUCAGUUUUCUGUUUUAGUGAUUUAGUUGUAAAUAUAUUUUGUAUUAUUAUUGUGAUGUUUUGCUGCUGUUUCAUCUUUAAGUUAUGAUGCUGUUCCAAAAUAACUGACUUUGUAAAUAAAAAGUUCCAUUUUGUGCUAAUCUGCAUUUCACUGUUUUUAUAAAACAUCGCCGUCAUGUUGAAGUUGACAAGAGUAUUUGAGGUUUGCCUUGAUGUUCUUUAGUUACUUCAUAUUUUACUUUAUAUAUCAUGUGACUGGACUCUGUUUUUUAUUUGGUCCUUUGUUAUUUGUCUUUAUCAAUACUUGUAUGUUGAGGAAACUCCUGCAAAUCCCAAACCUGUGAAAUCCUAUUAUAGACAAUAUGAUUGAAAAGGAAAGUAUUUUGCACAAAUACCACAAUUAAACAUUUCAGUUUUGA